CUUGCAUGACAUACGACAUACACACACACAUCCAUAAACACAAAUAUACACUGAUUAGCUCGUGCUCAAACACUUUUCUGAUAAAUAAUAUCAAAAAAAUUUAGUCGCAUUUCAAUUGAGAAAAACAACAUUAGAUUGUGUAAAAAUGUUAAAGAAAAGUCUAUCAACGGGUCAAUUGAAUCUAGUCAGAGUAUGUCAUUGUAGUUCGAGUAGUAAAUUGGAGAAAAUCCGUGAGCGUUUAGCGAAUGGACCAACAUUUCAGGAUUUUGUACAAGAUUCGGAUGAUCUUCGUGACGAUUGGGAUUAUGAAGGAAAAUUGAAACGUGAAAAAGGCGAUGAGAAACGUUUACGAUUGCCACCAUGGUUGAAAAAAGAGAUUCCGAUUGGCGCCAAUUUCAAUAAAAUCAAAUCACAAUUACGUGAUCUUAAAUUGGCCACCGUUUGCGAAGAGGCUCGAUGUCCAAAUAUUGGCGAAUGCUGGGGCGGCGGUGAACAUGGCACACAAACGGCUACAAUUAUGUUAAUGGGCGAUACAUGCACACGAGGCUGUCGAUUUUGUUCAGUGAAAACAGCCCGAAAACCACCACCAUUAGAUCCAAAUGAACCAACAAAUACCGCUUCAGCAAUUGCAUCGUGGGGUCUUGACUAUAUCGUUUUGACAUCAGUCGAUCGUGAUGAUUUGCCCGAUGGCGGCGCCAAUCACAUCGCCGAGUGCAUCAAAGAAAUUAAAAGACAAAAUCCUCGAAUUUUCGUUGAAUGUUUGUCGCCAGAUUUUCGUGGCGAUAUCAAUUCAAUUCGUUUGAUUGCCGAGUCCGGCAUUGAUGUGUUUGCACACAAUAUCGAAACAGUGGAAAAACUAACGCCAUUUGUUCGUGAUCGACGUGCUGCGUAUCGUCAAACAUUGAGCGUUCUGAAGGAAGCAAAACAAAUCAAUCCAAAUUUAGUAACAAAAUCAUCAAUAAUGCUGGGUUUGGGUGAAACCGACGAAGAAAUCGAACAAACAAUGAACGAUUUACGCAGCGUUGAGGUGGACUGUUUGACAUUGGGCCAAUAUAUGCAGCCAACAACGCGACAUCUCAAAGUUAUAGAAUAUGUGGAACCAACUAAAUUCAAGCAUUGGGAAUUGAAAGGCAAUGAUCUUGGAUUUCUUUAUACAGCCAGCGGUCCGCUGGUUCGUAGUUCCUAUAAGGCGGGCGAAUUUUUCAUCACAAGCAUUCUAAAGAAGCGACAAAAAUACCAACAAACCAAAAACGAUAUACCAAAGUAAAGUUUACUUUGUAAAUAUGUAUAGUCUUGUAUUCCAAGGGAAAUAAAAUGUGUUAUUCAAAAAUAA